GGUGCAAUGGUUCGGAGGAAAUCAGUUUUAGAGGGCUGGGGACUGUUGAGGACAGCCGCGGACGCGCGACCCUCCCGUUCUCCGAAGCCUGUGUCCUCACGAGCGCCGCCUGCCCGGAGGGGACUUGUGGAUCCUCCCCGAGGACCCACGGCGCUUGGGACCGAGAAGGGAGGAGCAGAGGCUGUGUCCGUGGAGGUAGCGGCAGCAGCUGGAGCCCCAGGAGCUACGCCCGCCUCGGUGGGGCGCAGGGGCCACCCCCUCGCGAGCCCUCCGGGAAUUGGAAGACCGCGCAUUCCCCAGCCGCGACGCAGCGGGGCCCGGGCUCCCCGCAAGUUUGUCCCGCGCCGGCCACGUUGGCCCUUGAAGGGGUCCUCACUUCUCCCUCCCGCAGUGUCGGGCAUGGCCCGGCUGGGCGCAUCGCCCUACGUCUGGGGCUGGCUGGUCCUCCUCAGCUGUCUCCUCGCCGGAGCCCAGCUGGAUUCUGAUGGCAUCGUCACUAUAGAGGAGCAGAUUGUCCUUGUUAUGAAAGCUAAAAUGCAGUGUGAACAAAACAUCACAGCUCAGCUCCAGGAAGGAGAGGGCAAUUGUUUCCCAGAAUGGGAUGGACUCAUCUGUUGGCCCAGAGGAGCAGCGGGGAAAAUAUUGGCUGUCCCAUGCCCUGCUUAUAUCUAUGACUUCAAUCAUAAAGGAGUUGCUUUCAGGCAUUGCACUCUCAAUGGAACAUGGGAUUUUAUUCAAAGCUCGAAUAAAACAUGGGCUAAUUAUUCAGACUGUUUUCUGCAGCCAGAUAUCAGCAUAGGAAAGCAAGAAUUCUUUGAAAGCCUUUAUAUCUUAUACACUAUUGGUUAUUCCAUCUCCUUCGGCUCCUUGGCUGUGGCUAUUCUCAUCAUUGGAUACUUCAGACGAUUGCAUUGCACUAGGAACUACAUCCAUCUGCAUUUAUUUGUGUCUUUCAUGAUGAGAGCUAUAAGCAUCUUUGUCAAGGAUAAAGUGGCCCAUGCUCACCUAAGAAUAGGGGAACUACAGUCCCUGAUGUUGAAUGACCUACAAAAUUCCAUUGGAGUGCCUUCUGUGGACAAAUCGCAAUAUAUCGGGUGCAAGAUUGCUGUUGUGCUGUUUAUUUACUUCCUGGCUACAAACUACUACUGGAUCCUGGUGGAGGGUCUCUACCUGCACAAUUUAAUCUUUGUGUCUUUCUUUUCGGACUCAAAAUACCUGUGGGGCUUCAUCUGCAUUGGCUGGGGGUUUCCAGCAGCAUUUGUUGUGGCCUGGGCAGUGGCACGAGCAACUCUGGCUGACACCAGAUGCUGGGAGCUUAGUGCUGGAGACAAGUGGAUUUAUCAGGCCCCAAUCUUAGCAGCCAUUGGGUUGAAUUUUGUUCUUUUUCUGAAUACCGUUAGAGUUCUGGCCACCAAGAUUUGGGAGACCAAUGCAGUUGGGCAUGACAUGAGAAAGCAAUACAGGAAACUCUCCAAGUCUACACUGGUUCUGGUUCUGGUCUUCGGUGUGCACUACAUUGUAUUCAUCUGCCAGCCACACUCAUUCACAGGGCUCUGGUGGGAGAUCCGCAUGCACUGUGAGCUCUUCUUCAACUCCUUUCAGGGUUUCUUCGUGUCUAUUGUCUACUGCUACUGCAAUGGAGAGGUUCAGGCUGAGGUGAAGAAGAUGUGGAAUAGAUGGAAUCUGUCCAUCGACUGGCAGAGGCCGCCACCGUGUGGCAACCACAGAUACGGCUCAGUGCUCACCACAGUGACUCACAGCACCAGCAGCCAGUCACAGAUGGCGGCCAGCACGCGCAUGGUGCUCAUCUCUGGCAAACCCGCCAAGACUGCCAACAGACUGCCCGACUGUCAUGUGACUUUACCUGGCUACGUCUGGAGUAACUCAGAACAGGACUGCCUGCCACACUCCAUCCAUGAGGAGACUAAGGAAGGCAGCAGGAGGAAGGGAGAUGCUAUUCCAGUGGAGGGGUCCUCCAGGCCAUUGGAGUUCACCCUAGACACCGAGAGAUGUAAGGGAGAAACUGAGGAUGUUAUCUGAAUCAUCAUUCGUGGCUUUCGCAGGACUGGUGGAUCCAGUUGGCUGGCAUUCCUCUGUUUGAGUCCAAAGGCUGAAACAUUCAGGGUUAAUUUAAAUGUUUAUAGGCUACAUGAGUUGCCUCCUGUCCUCAGACACAAAAGAGGAAGUAUUGGUGAAACAAUUACCUUUUUUUUUUUGUCAUCAAAUUUUUUUCUAAAUUGAUGUGUGAUACUUGCUCUGUGGUUCAUUUUUUUUAAUGAGUGUGAAUGCUACAUCUGAGUAGAAAAUGUUUUAAUGGCUGGGCUCAUUCUCAUAAAUACCACCCUAAAUAUAACACAAAUCACUUAGUAUGUAUCAUUUUCUUUUUAAGAAAUAAGUACUUUUUGUCUUUCUCACUUUAAUGUACUUACAUCAUUGGAUUCCUUUUGCCUGUGCCUAAGAGCAGUAAGUAUCUGAAAAAAUGUAUAUUGAAAGAAUAAAGAUCAAUGAAGAAGCAUGCACUGGGAAAUUAGUUGGGUUGAUAUUGAUAAAAUAAUCAAUUUAUGAUAAAUAUGAUCAUUUCUUUCUAGGAACAAGGAAAAUUGCUCAAAACUCUUUUGCAUAUUUCUCCUUUUGAAUGUUCCCUUUGUGACCAGCCAAACCUCAGGUCUUCACUCUUCUACCAUGACAUGCUAAAGGUUUUCUCAGUGAGCUUGUGUCUGCAAACUGAUUUUGUUUGUACUCCUUUAUAUUGGUAGUAAAUUACAUUGGACCUAUAUCUUUUUCUUCCCAGUUCUAUUCUUAGUGCCAUUAUAGAUAGCAUGUAGGAUAAAUUAAAAGUCUGUUUAAAAGUACAUUUUGAGUCACUUUAAAAAUUUUCUUUUUAGCAUCCAAUAUUAUUUUUGGGAACCAAUAAAACUUCCCUUCUCCAAAUUUAUACUUGUCAAUAUCUAUCUCCUGUACUUUACAUUGAAAAUUGCAAUAAAUCUUGCAGGUAUGAAAACAUUCAUUAAGUGCAUGCCACUAAAGAGGUAUUUCUUCUAGAUUUUUACAAACAUUAACCUAUUUAAUUCUCACUGCACACUUUGGAGUAAGUCUUGUCAUUCUCAUGAUGCAGUUGAUAGGGUAGAGUGUAACUCGAUUGGCUUUGGGAUCCUUGGGAAGUUGGUAGAGUACACUCUCGGUGUGUCUGUGUGGGUCAUGAAGACAUGGCCUUGGCAAUCUAUGAUUAGUCCCUUGCCUUUUCUUUUCUGGUGCUACUCUUCUGCUAUGCUUCCCAGUCCCCAUGAACU